ACUUCCCUUAGAAAAUGCUGCUUCAUUUACCACGAUGUAAACAAAGAGUUGCAUAAUGAUUUUGCAAGAAUAGAUACAGUAAUGAUGGAUAAAUUUCUCGUAAACAAGAGGAAAUUGGAGAGUGCCGAUGAUUUCGAUGAAAAUCAUCACACAAAAAAGUACAAACAGGAAGCAAAUGACUAUGAGGCGCUGUCCAUUAAAACUUUGAUCAUCAGACCAUUAAAAUGGCGUGACUUAAGGGCUGAAAACUUGGAUUGUGACUAUGGCAUAUUGUUUAGCAAAGUCAAUGCAGACCGUAUUCUUUGCCAAUGCGAACGUAUGUUGAAUUAUAAUGAAGGGCAGCUGGCAAAAGUUAAAAUAUUUGGCAAAUGGCACGACAUUCCAAGAAAGCAGGUUGCGCAUGGUGACCCGGGAUUGUCAUACACGUUUUCAAACAACACGGUGCCCGCCCGGCCAUGGACACCAUUCCUCGAUGACAUCAGGGAUGCCGUCUCAGAUGUCACCGGUCACUCCUUCGACUUUGUUCUCAUCAACAGAUAUAAGAACGGUUGCGAUCACAUGGGGGAACACCGCGAUGACGAGAAAGACCUCGUGCACGGGUACCCAAUAGCGUCCCUGUCGUUAGGACAACCUCGCGAUUUCAUCUUUAAGCACGCGGAUUCCCGCGGCAAGAAAGCUAAACGCAGUAUAGAACCCUUGAAACUCCUGCUGGAGCACGGGAGCCUGUUGUUGAUGAAACACCCGACAAACACAUACUGGUACCACGCUUUGCCUCAGCGGAAGCGUCUCUUAGGUGUGAGGAUUAACAUGACGUUUAGGCAGAUGGUUCCAGCGUCCAAUAGCGGAAAUAAGACUACAAAGCCUAAAGCAGAACUUCCUUAACGUUCAAUCUAUGCUUUUAUCCUGCAAUUUUCCUGUUGAAUGGGACUUCGAAGAAUCGUUUGAACUUGUCUUUGAAAUACAAACUUGUUUUGUGAACUCUUUGAGCGUAUCAUCUCAUUUUCAGACAAAUACUUUAGAUUUAGAACUUAUGCCAAUCGGAGCCAAACUUUGUCUUGAAGUUAUAUUUUCAGCUUGAGUAAGACCAGUUUAAGUAAGCUACAUGUAUUUAUGCAUUAAUGCCUGCUACAUUCACAGUCGUUUGGUGGGAAUGAAGUCCUGCUUCGGUGUCAUAUAACCUGUAAAAAUAAUGACUCUUUCCAGAUUUCAGAUUACACUUUGAUAUAUCUGAAAAAUAAUUACUUUCUGGUUAAAUGUCACUAAAUUAUUUACAGUUCGUAUGAAACCAAAGCAUGAGUUCAUUCCCAUCAAACAACUGUGGCUACAUUCUGAGCGCAUGACGGGUGUAACUACAUGUAGUUAUAUUCGUUAUUAUAAAACCUGCCAUCCAUGUAAUGAACAUACAAGUCUGUCCAGAAUGAUGUAUUUGUUUUUCACUUUCUAAAGAUGAUCGUUUGUUUUAGCGCCAGCGGGUCAAUUGCACUCAAAUCCUGGGUUACUAGACGACACAUGAGCGUUCUUAUCAUGUCCCGGAGUUUUUAUUAAAAUGAGAAUAAUCUGAUAAAGCCAACAUGUAUCUAGAUAAGCAUUUGCACACUGUGAACACAAGGAUGAGAUUGGUGAAAUUGGUUCUUUUUAGUGUUGUCAUCGGCCUGACGACGGCUGGAAAAGAAGAGGAAGUAAACGCGGCUCUAGAUCACGUAAACGGCACGUACCAACAUCAUCUAUGUGACGAGAUUAAGAAAUUGCACUGCGACCAUCUCGACCACCAUAUUGAAGUGCACGUGGACGGGGCGGUGUGCGGCACGGAUGGAGUCACUUACAGCAGUCAUUGCGAAUUCGCGAAGAGCCGAUGUUACUACAUACUAAAUCAUAACAACUACUAUGCCCAUAGCCACAUCCAGAUAGUGUCACUCAACGUCCACAACCUGGGCCCGUGUCCUGCCCGCACGACCGCUCCUCCCACACCAACCAUCGUCGCGGCAUCUACACAAGCUGCAAGCAUGGUUGGACAAAAUCUGUCCAGCAGUCCUCCGACGACGACGGUGUCGGCGACCGCACUUAUGAUGGCGGUGUUUUGUCUGAACAAAGCCACCAUUCCUUGUAAUUCCGGUCACAUACAGCUUACAUGUGGCUCCGAUGGCAGACUUUAUCCGAACCCGUGCGAGUUGCUGAAGGAGCAGUGUAACACUCCUAACCUUGCGACGUCUCCCCUCUCGGUAUGCGGUGCUUGAGAACGACACGACCAUGUGGAGCAUUGUACAACUGCAAAUGCGUUCAAUAAAAUGAUUUGAAUUUU